AUGACAGCCACACGAUGGAAAAGAACAUCUGCUAUCGGCAACGAAGGAGAAAAGAAGUACGACGACGAUGACGAUUACGUACUCGAGGACUCCUUGUCCCAAGGUGACUGGCAUAUCGAGGAGGACCCAAACAAGACCACCAAGGAAUUGUUGGAAAGAAGAAGGGCUUUGAGGCUUGAUCCAAAUGCAUCGCACAUUGAGCGGUUAGUAGCAAACGCUAGCAGCAGAAAAGCGUUGCAAGAGGAUUUUUUGAAGUACAGGCAGAAGAAGAUUCUGGUAGCAGCACAAAGAAGAACGAGUCUAAAGAAGUGCCGCAGGGAUCUCUGCGAAUAUAAUAUUCCGCUAGCAACCUUGCUGAGCGAAGACGGGACUCGCACGUCUUCUCGUCGUGAGAUGGAAAUCAUUACGGAGAGGUUCCACUCGAACCUUUUUCGUUCAUCAACUCCUGUGUCAAGCCCGAUCAUCCCCACUGGUGAAGCUCCACCACAGAUUCUCCCUUCGGAAAUACGAGUCGCUAUCAAGAGUAUGAAACCUGGCACAGCCCCCGGACCUGAUUUUAUAUCAGCAGACUUUCUUCGGGCUGGUGGCCAUCCGCUUCAUGUAAUCUUAGCAGCGCAGAUGAUAUCCUAA